AUGAUACGCAAACCUCCACCACUGCCUCUUGGUCUACAACAGAUCCUGCACGAAGAUCCUCAGUUCGCUGAACUCGAAGAACUCCAACACCAGCCUGAGGACCACCACGAAGACCUGAAAACCGACCAGAGACCGCCACCCGACCCAAGGAGUAAACCGAUGCCGGUGUUGUCACCUGAAGAUCGUCGCAGCAUACAAAAUUAUUAUACAACCUAUCGUCAAUCUCAAAGUGUCGUACCAACUACCGUUGUGGCACGUGUUCCAACUGCAACAAUAACAUCCAGUACUGAGGGUCCGGAGUGUGGUAUGUCAUCUGUGUCUCCGAGGAACGACACCAUUUUAAACCAGGCAUAUGUUAGCGCGGUGGUUGAACAUAAUAUGCCUAAAGCGCUGUCGCCUAUAUCUGACGAUGACUUCAAGUUAGAAAAGUCGCCAAAAAAAAAGGAAAUCGUGCACGAUGUAAAUGUGCGCGACGAAUCCCCUCCAAUUGUCCAGACUGCGCCCACUAUCCCGAAUGCACCCACUAUCCCGACUGCUCCCAUUAUCCAGACUGCACCCUUUGUCCCGACUGUACCCACUAUCCCGACUGCGCCCACUGUGCCCACCACCCAAACUACGAUUUCAGAAAAUCAAGAAGAGCAAGACAGUGCUUUGUUCACCAGAGCAGUCACUAAAUGUCGCGAGAUUUACGCGAGGUGCCAAGAACUCGACAGUGAAAUCGCACAAUCACACGAGCGAAUUGUAUUACUCGAAUGCGAGCUCAAUCUCGAGCGACAGAAAGUCGAGGAUACAAUUCAAGAAAAAGGUCGAAUGGUGGCACUCGUGCUCACAGUGAACGAAGCAUUUUCUGCUUUUCAGAAUGAGGUGGUGCGGCACAACAACAGAUGA